AACCUUUGACCUCUGACCUCGCGUUUCCGUCCCGCUGCCCUUUGACCUUCGUAUGGCCCAGGUUCCGCCGCCGCCACCGCCCCCCCCGCCGCCGCCGCCCCCCCCGCCGGGCCGGGUCCUACGGGACGCGCUGGAACGGGCCGGGGCCGCCCUGGGGGACGACGGCGGCGUCCGGGAGCUGCUGCGGCGGCGCCGGGAGAGCCUCAGCAGCCCCCUGAAAUGGCUCCUCUUCCACCGCCCGGCGCCGCCCCUCAUCCAAGACGGACCCCAGUGCGGGCUGGUGGCCCUAUGGAUGGCGGCGUCGCUGCUGGCCCCCACCCACGGCGUGGAGCUGGAGGAGCUGGUGGAGACGGCGCGGGAACGCGGCUUCACCGCCCGGGGCGAGAUGUUCUCAGCGGCUGACAUGGCAGCGCUGGCUGAGGAGCUUUUCCCUUGUCGCGCCGAGUUACUUUCAGGGGGUUUGGAAGGGUCCAACCGGCCUCGGAUCUUGCGUCACCUCCUUGGGGGGCUCCCCCUCCUCGUGCCCUACGACGAGGACAGUAACCACGAACCUUGCUGCCGUCAUGGCCACAAAGCCCACUGGGCCGUGCUGACAGGUGUUUUGCUAGGCAUCCGCAUCGAGACAUUGAGCCCGAGCUACCAGCAAGAUCCCGAAAUCCCCAAUCUCUUCCACCCCCCCUCGUCGUGGUUUAAGGGGGAUGGAACGAUAUUGGGGGGGGGGGAAGAAUUAUUUGGGGAGGGGACACAUCCGAUAGAGGGGGUGUUGGUGUUGGCGCAGCAGGGGAAGAGCCCCCGUUGUCAACUUUGGGGGUUGGGGGGGCUUCACGGCAGCAACGUGCAGCUGAAGGAGCUGAGCCCCCACCGGGAGAAUGACGGCCAUCGUUACGUCCUCCCCCCGGGGGGGCUGGGGGUCGGCCUCAGGGGGAGGGUCGUGCUGCUGCACCCCCGGAUUGAGGGGGGGGGCACACAGCCCCCCCCUCAAUAAAUGGGGCUGGUUGAAGGAAA